AUGGGACGUGCAGCAAGCAGGCUUACAGCAGCAGCGGCAGCGCGAAUCGGGGGGCGAAUCGUGCUUGAUGAUGAUGGUGAUACGUACGAUAAGAAUGAGCAGCAGCAGCUUGGAGCUUCACUGGAGGAGAUGAGGAAUGGAACGAAGCUUCUUCAACGCCAGAGAGCUCUGGUUUUAUCACAAAACGGGGGCAGCCCCUUUAUCAUUAGCUCAAUGGCCGCUGCUGCUGCUGUCGCUCCUUUUUCUGGAUCCCAAUCGUCUGUGUCGAUUCCCCUGAACAAUCAAAUCACGACGCUCCCCACUAGCAUUUCGCAUCGACGAGAGGCGCGAGUUAUCCCGGCCGAAAUUGGAAAAGGAGCCCAAGGUUCGGCCGGGGGGUUACCGUCACCGGAACUCUGUCGUUGGCCAUGGGGAGCUCCAACAGACAGCUCUCUCCUUGCUUCUCCUACACUAACUGCAACUCGAGUAUUUUUGCCUCUGCUUGGCUUCCACGCGGCCAUUGUCCACGAGAGAAACACGUUCCAGGGUCAAAAAAGCCUGUUCUGA